AUGCACAACUCAAGCAAGAAGGAGUUUUCUCUGCUGGGCGCCUUCCUCAUGGAGCUGCUCUGGCUUCUCAGCACUUUGACUUUGCGCGCCAUCGAGCUUCUCGACUCAACUCUGUUGGGUCCCGCUCAGAAGGUCAUCGUCAACUACGUCAGCUGCGCCACUCAGACCUCUGACGACGACUUCCCCACCUGGACUAUGCUUGAGUUCCUCAGUGAUGGCCUAAACCACCUCGCUGAGUUCUUCAACGCUGGUCUCAAGUCUGUCACGUCACCCUUCGAAGGCAACAUUCUCACGACUUUAACUCACUCUCUCGUCGCUCUGCCAAGCACACCUGUGCGGAAGCAGUGCUCGCCUACCUACCAGCAGAAGAGCACGAGCCCCUCGAUUUUGGAUUGUUCCGACGAUGACGCGGCCUAG